UUAUCAGAGGUCAGUCCAAGUGUUUACAGGGCUGGACCUGUUUCGAGUAAAUUUUUUGAUGCCCUUUGCGAAUUGCAAAAAUCUCGAAACCUUGAUAGCAACAUAGUCUAUAGGUCGCGAUCUCUUUUAGAAGAGAAUGGCAGACUCGAAGAUAUUAAUGAAGAAAAAAACGUGUAUAGUUAUAGUACUGAAGAUGGCAAACUAGGAAAAGCGGCUGUUGAUAAUGCCAAGACUGUAUUUAACAACCUGAAGCCCCUUUAUUUGCCAAUUUUAGCGGUGACCCCGGAAAAGUUUGACGAAAUGUUUGAAACAUGCGUUAAAGAGAUGGAGGAUAACAAAAUCUAUCACGACACAUGCCGUGUUUAUGGACGCAAGAAGGAAAAUGUUUGA